AACCUGCUUUAAGCAAUAAGCACCACCUCGCGAAACUUGACGGUUUUGAUGGAGGUGCAGAGCGCCGCCUUGUCGUGCUUCCUCCGACCCUGGAGAUGGGGCCACAAGCUCGGCUGCCGAGCCGAAGCGGGAGCUCGAGCGAAUCGCUCUUGGUCGCAGAGUCACACCUCCCGACCGGUCUGUGCAUUGGCGCGCUCUGCAGCAGAACAGCCCCGCCGAUUUGCCUGCUUGCUUUUUCAACUAGCUGUGCGGCCUGAAACAUGGCGGGUGUGAGUUCCUCAGAUCCCGGCUCGGUUUCGGCCGCUGGCCCGGUUCAGCAAGGACUGAAGGAGGCGCUGAUAGAGACACUGACCGCGAUCCUUUCCCCAGUGCACGAAGUGCGGGCAGCGGCGGAGGAACAGAUUAAAGUGCUGGAAGUGACGGAGGAGUUUGGCGUACACCUGGCGGAGCUGACCGUAGACCCCCGGGGAGCCCUUGCUAUUCGACAGUUGGCCUCAGUCAUCUUGAAGCAGUAUGUGGAGAUUCACUGGUGCUCUCAGUCAGAGAAGUUCAGGCCACCAGAAACCACUGACCGGGCGAAAGCCGCCAUUCGGGAUCUGCUCCCCGGGGGCCUGCGCGAGGCCAUCAGCAAGGUGCGCUCCAGCGUAGCGUAUGCCGUGUCGGCCAUCGCGCACUGGGACUGGCCCGAGGCUUGGCCACAGCUCUUCACGCAUCUCAUGGACAUGCUGGUCAGCGGGGAUGUGAACGCUGUGCACGGGGCCAUGCGGGUCCUUACAGAGUUUACCCGCGAGGUGACGGACACACAGAUGCCACUGGUGGCACCUGUGAUUUUGCCUGAGAUGUACAAGAUCUUCACCAUGGCGGAGGUCUACAGCAUCCGCACCCGCUCCAGAGCUGUGGAGAUCUUCACCACCUGUGCCAACCUUAUCUGUGCCAUUGAAGAGCUGGAAAAAGGAGCAGCCAAGGCACUGAUUUUUCCAGUGGUUCAGCAGUUCACAGAGGCCUUUGUGCAGGCGUUGCAGAUGCCUGAUGGGCCGUCCUCUGACAGUGGCCUCAAGAUGGAGGUACUCAAGGCAGUUACAGCCCUGGUGAAAAACUUCCCUAAGCCCAUGGUAUCCAGCAUGCAGCAGAUUCUGCCCAUUGUGUGGAACACUCUGACAGAAAGUGCUGCCUUCUAUGUCAGAACUGAAGUGAACUACACGGAAGAGGUGGACAACCCUAUAGACUCUGAUGGUGAGGUGUUGGGCUUUGAGAACUUAGUGUUCAGCAUCUUUGAAUUUGUCCACACGCUGCUGGAAAACAACAAGUUUAAGAGCACUGUGAAGAAGGCCCUGCCUGAACUCAUCUACUAUAUCAUCCUGUACAUGCAGAUCACAGAGGAGCAGAUCAAAGUGUGGACCGCCAACCCACAGCAGUUUGUGGAGGACGAAGACGACGACACGUUCUCAUACUCUGUCCGAAUCUCUGCUCAGGACCUCCUCUUGGCCGUGGCAACAGAGUUCCAGAAUGAGAGUGCGGCGGCUCUGGCUGCAGCCGCCUCGAGGCACCUGCAGGAGGCGGAGCAGGCCAAGAACAGCGGCGAUGAGCACUGGUGGAAGAUCCACGAGGCCUGCAUGCUGGCCCUGGGCUCCGUGAAGACCAUUGUGACGGAGAAUGUGAAGAGUGGCCGUGUGCAGUUCGACAUGCAUGGCUUCCUGGCCAACGUCAUCCUGUCUGACCUGAACCUCACAGCUGCCUCCCCUUUCCUGCUGGGCCGGGCACUUUGGGCAGCCAGCCGCUUCACGACAGCUAUGUCCCCGGAGCUCAUCCAGCAGUUCCUGCAGGCCACUGUCAGCGGCCUGCAUGAGAGCCAGCCUCCCUCGGUCCGCAUCUCGGCCGUGCGUGCCAUCUGGGGGUACUGCGAUCAGCUGAAGCUGUCGGAGAGCACGCAUGUCCUGCAGCCCUUCCUGCCGAGCGUUCUGGAGGGUCUGGUGCAGCUGGCAGCACAGUUCAGCUCGGAGGUGCUGACCCUGGUCAUGGAGACGCUCUGCAUUGUGUGCACGGUCGAUCCCGCCUUCACUACGAGUGCUGAGAACAAGAUCUGCCCGCUCACCAUCGCCAUCUUCCUCAAGUACAGCAACGACCCUGUGGUAGCUUCCCUUGCUCAGGACAUCUUUAAGGAGCUGGCCCAGAUUGAGGCCUGUCAGGGGCCCAUGCAGAUGAGACUCAUCCCCACCUUGGUCAGCAUCAUGCAGGCACCCCCAGACAAGAUCCCCUCGGGCCUGUGUGCUACUGCCAUAGACAUCCUGACCACAGUGGUGCGGCACACCAAGCCCCCCCUGUCGGAGAUGCUCAUCUGCCAGGCCUUCCCAGUGAUGGCGCAGUGUACCCUGCGCACAGAUGACAACACCACGAUGCAGAAUGGGGGAGAGUGCCUGCGAGCCUACGUGUCCGUGGCCCUGGAGCAGGUGGGCCAGUGGCAGGAUGAACAGGGCCACGGCGGCCUGUGGUACGUCAUGCAGGUGGUCAGUCAGCUGCUGGACCCCCGCACGUCCGAGUUCACGGCCGCCUUCGUGGGCCGCCUGGUGUCCACGCUGAUCGCGCGUGCCGGCACCCAGCUGGGCGACCAGCUGGACCAGAUCCUGCGUGCCAUCCUGAGCAAGAUGCAGCAGGCAGAGACGCUCAGCGUCAUGCAGUCCCUCAUUAUGGUGUUCGCCCACCUGGUCCACUCUCAGCUGGAGCCCCUGCUGGAGUUCCUGUGCAGCCUGCCGGGGCCCACGGGCAAGCCUGCCCUGGAGUUCGUCAUGGCCGAGUGGAUGAGCAGGCAGCACCUCUUCUAUGGCCAGUACGAGGGUAAAGUCAGCACGGUGGCCUUGUGUAAGCUCCUCCAGCACGGCAUCAACACCAAUGACAAGCGCUUGCAGGACAUAGUGGUAAAGGGUGAGGAGAUCUUCAACCCCGCUGAGGGCAUCCGCACACGCUCCAAGAGCGCCAAAAACCCAGAGCGCUGGACCAACAUUCCUCUAUUAGUGAAGAUCUUCAAGCUGAUAGUCAAUGAGCUGUCGUCUGUGAUGGAAGCCAACGCCACCAGGGUGGCCUCUGCAGACUGGAGCCAAGAUUCUGGGGACAUGUGGGAGGAACAAGAGGAUGAGGUGGAGGAUGAAGAUGAUGAAGAAGAAGGGCUGCCGGGGCAGCUUUUGUCUGACCUCAUUGCCUCCAAUAAAUACGAUGAAGAUUACUAUGAAGAUGAUGAUGAGGAAGACCCUGAUGCUCUGAAGGAUCCCAUUUAUCAAAUUGACCUCCAGGCCUAUCUGACAGACUUCCUGACCCAGUUUGCACAGCAGCCGUGCUAUGCCAUGUUCUCUGGUCACCUGAAUGAAGCGGAGAGGAGAGUCCUGCAGGCUAUUGGCAUUUAAAAGCCUCCCCUGCUCGUCCCCUCCAUGUGGAGCACUCCUACUCCCUUUCAAGCACUUACACCCCAGAAAACUCAUGCUUUCUCUCAGCUGAGUCUCAGACUCAGUCCCCCUACCCCCACUACAUUCUCACUUUUCAUUGUCACUGAGAAGGAAGACUUCACGUGGACCUGGACUGCACCAGAAGUACAAUUCAUUGUGGAGAGGGUAGGGUUAGGGGGUGGAGCAGAGGUGCCACAGGUGCCACAGUCACCUGACAGCAGGACUAGCUUGCCUCCGAAAGAACUUGGGAGACCCCGCACAAGAAAAUGGCGUUUAGCCUGUCUGACAGAGAGCGUAUCAGAGUUCUUGCAGUUUUGGGAGUUAUCCCGAAGUUUCUCAAAAUGGACAGACGGCCAGGGUGAACAUCCUGAGAUGGACUUGUCAGACACCCAGGUUUCACCCCUCAGCUCGCCAUGGUGUUCUGUGUUUUCUGGGCACUUCUGUGGGACAAGGCGCCAAGGGAGGAGUUCAACGCAUUGGGACAGACUGCGAAGGCACAUAAUGGCAGUUUACUCAUUCUCAAGACAUUGGUUCUUUCUCUGUUGCAGUAUGAGUUGUGGCGGCCUAAGAGGCCGUGUCACUCGGCGGCAUGGGUGGGGCGAGGGGCCUGCCAGAUGCCAGAGCCGAACUCCGCCUUUAAAAAUUCUGCCACCCACUGAAUGUUGAAAUGACAAUUCAAAAUAAAAGGCCUAUUACGGCCCUCCUUUUCAGUC